AUGUUUACGAAUUUAAUUUAUCUUCAUUUCGGUUUGAAUGAUGAUUUUCUGUAUUCCCCAAGAUCACUUAUUGGUUUACUGUCUACAACAUAUUAUCCAUCAAGUAUUGUUCAUUUGAAUGUUAGAGCGCUCGAUUUUGCUGAUGGUCUUCGUUUACUUGAUAGGCAUUAUAGUCUAUUAAAUACAUAUAUUGUACAAGUUGAUAGGAUUUAUAAUACAUCAAUGAAAUAA